UAGCCGGCAGGCAGCCGAUGUCGAACAGCAGGGCCGCUCGUCCAGUAGUAGGCUGGUGGAGGUGGAGGAGCGUAGGAGCCGGCUGCGACGCCCUAGAUCAGGGCUGCCAGCUGGAGACGACAGAGCAACCUUUGGAGUGGCUAUAGGCAAACGGUUAUUACUCACCUCGGGCAAGCAGUGGGUUGAGAGCCACCAGCUGACUGACUCGGGAUCGACAUGGCAGCGGCCGAGACUUGGCACGGAGACCCAUGCGCCUGAGCGCCCUGCGGGUCUACACCUAAAGUAUUUGCUGCCUGUCGCGACGGACGCGGGGGAGCGUGUGCUCAGCGAAUGCGUGAGAGAAGGAGCGAACGAGAGACCAAGUUGACGAGAAAAGAAGCAGAUGAGAACAUGAGUGCAAAUAGCCAUCAGCUCGAGGCCGCUUGUACGGCCAAAGUCAAGAAGGAGCGGUCGCCAACGCCGACUCCACCGGCGAGCUGCAGCGUCCAACAACAACAGCCCGCGACGAGGUUGCACCAGAGAUCCGUCUCGGCGCAGCCUCCUCCGCCGCCCUCCUCGGGCUUUUCCAACGGCCACUUUCACUCGAGGGAUCUUCUGCAGGACGUCCUCAAAGGCAGCAAAUUUAACAACCUCAGUCAUCUCACUCCUGCUGCCAAGCACGAGGCCGUACGCCUCAUGGUAGAGGAUAGCAUCAGUGAAGAGUCUAGGUAUCGCGUGCAAGAAGUGUUCUCGCAAGUUGAGCAGAUGAAGGUGGAAGAAAAGUUAUUGCUGUACCUCAAGCUCUCGGUAUCUUUGACCAAUCCCAACGGCGCGGUGGAUCCACUCAGGCAACCCUUGAAUCCCUUGGGUAAUCGUUACGAGAUUCAUCAGACAAUUAUGUGGAUCAAAACACAUCUUGAAGAGGACCCGGACGUCUCUUUACCAAAGCAAGAAGUCUACGAUGAGUACAAUAUAUUCUGUGCAAACAAUUCCAUGAAACCCCUAUCCACGGCUGAUUUCGGAAAAGUCAUGAAGCAGGUAUACCCUCGCGUUCGACCUCGUAGACUGGGCACACGUGGCAAUUCGCGGUAUUGUUACUCUGGAAUGCGUAAAAGAAUAAAGUUAGAUCCUCCAACUUUACCUUCCAUGAGUGAUGUAGAUGUCGAUGAAGAUUUCGAGCAAAAUCUUACAGAAGAGAUGCUGGGAGCCGCUUCAACACUGAUUCGCGAGUGGGCUGAGUCGUUGUUAGACAUUAAAUUUUCUACUCUCUGCUCGUUGGGAAAAUAUCUUGUUAAUAAUCUCUGCGUUGAUAAUCGAUCUCUUGCUGCUGUGUGUUUACUGAGUGCUUCUGGAGAAACACAACCUGUGACUAACAAAGGGACGAGUCCAGGAUUGCCUGCAAUGGCUGGUUUAGCGAAAAAUGGUAAACUAAGAGAGGCUCAGCUGCAAUUACAGCGUAAGCUUCAACAACGAGAACAAAUCCGUGAUCAUAAAGAUCAGCCCGUUAACAGCACAUUGCCGGUCAAUAACAAAGAAAAGACUGUUGAUCAGAAUGAUGAGAACAUAGAGGCAGAGGUGAAAAAGGGCAAACGUGGUAAAGUGACGAAUGUAAAUCACCUGGUUCAAGGUACAAACAAUGUGUUGAGCAAGGCCAAUAAUAAUAAUUACAAUUAUAAUAAUAGUAAUAAUAAUAAUAAUAAUGCGCCAGUCUCGGCAGCUGUCACGCCGAUAAGCAGACAGAAAAAACUUGUUAAUAAAAGCAACAACCAACCCUGCAGUGGCUCGUCGGUCCUGCAGUCCAACUGUGAUAAUCUAGUGGUACAAUCGAUACAAGCGAACGAGCAAAUUAGUAGUGCUCAGCCUAGGCUAGUGAGGAGCAACAGCGCGCAGUCGCCGCGUGAAGUCAAACCAAGGAACGCGCGAAAGCGCGCCGGAAGCAGUGUAGCGGCAUCGGUGGCAGCAACGGUGACAACGGCAUCAAUGACUUCCGAAUCCAGUCCCGAAAAGCAGCUGAAACUCACGGACAUGCUGGAUAGCACUGCGCGCUCUACUCCCAGGCUCUCUUCGACUCCCAUUCAUCAUAAGCAGCAGCAGCAGCAGCACCAACAUUCUACAAAGAUACCAGUGAUACUAGAUAGUAAUCCAAAAACCGACAAGAGCAACAAUACCAGCGACAAGCCUAUCUUCGCGGCGGCUCUGGUCAAUCAGCCCCCAAAAAGCUGUGAUAAAGAUUCAUUUCUGAGUUUUAACUCUGAUUGUUCCAAAUCAAACGGCCACACAAAGAACUCAACGGGCAAAUCGAGCCAAAAGUUGAUCGAGGAUCAAAUGCAGCUGUUAUCGGACGUCAACUCGUGCGACGCGUUCAAAACGAAACUCGGCAACAUCGACACCGACACGCUCAACGAUUACCUAAACGGAGGCAACAACUCCCAAGAACAGGAGGAAGAACUGCUGCAGUACUUCCAGCCGAGUAAUUCGUCGAGCUCGGACAUGGAACUAAGCAACGUCGUGUCCGAGACCGAAACGUCCUCCCGCCAGGACCAGGUCUCCCAGCUUAGGAUCAUCCUUCAGGAGAAUCUACAGGAUUCAGUAUUAGGGGUCGGCGGUAAACCGAGGUUACAGAGCGCGCCAGUAGACAAGCAGCAGGCCCUGCAGAAGCACAACCUGAUAUUGCCGACUCUGCUGAACGCUCACGGUAACGCAGUGAAUACGAGGCGACGAGUGAGCUUCGAGACCAACGCGGUCGAAUGCAGUCAAGACAGCGGCAACGGCACGAGCACGGCCGGAAGCAGUUGCAGCACGAGCAAUACCGUGCCACAGAGUCCCAACACGCGCAGACGGAUAUUCAAUUUCACGCCCAUAUCCCCGGGACCGCACUCGCCGAUCAACGGUCUAGUGUCGAAGUCGAAUUCAGCAAACGCCAGUCCAUUCGUGUCGCCGAGAAACACGCCGGUGCCGCGCUCGCGCAGCAACUUGCAGGGCAACUGUAGGUCCCGCAGCUCCCAAAAGACGCUCGCGCGCUCCAUAUCCUGCAACGUGCGGAGCGACAAUUUUAUCGUGCCCAUCUGUACGCCCGAGAUGAACGGUAUCAACAGACCGCCGCAUUCACCUCUGGCUCCUUUGAUAAACAAUAAGGCUUCCCAGGCUACGAUGCCCCCGGUGCACUCGCCGCUUCUGGAGCAAACGUGCAAAGCCCAGACUCUACCCUGCACGCCGUUGCUGUCGGAUCUCGUUACCCAGGAGGACCAGCUACUGAUCAACUAUCCGAGUCAGGAAAAUCUUCAAGAAAUCAAGAACGUGUACAACCGAAAGCCACAGCCGACCGAUCAGGAGAUUUCGGAUCUUUUGCAGAGCAAGCGACAGCAGGAGUACGCCAAGGAUCAGUUGUUUUAUCGUUCGCAGUCAGUGCCGUUGCACAGAAUGGUCAAUCCUGCUCUACUGUCCCCGAUCUCGGUUGCCCAGCAAAUGACGCCGAAUUUUCAAUAUCACAGCUUUAAUCCGUCAACAAACAGCUCGAUAGCUCCGACCCCAGUGCCAAGUGAAUUCAAUGACUUUAGCUCGAUAUGCGGCCCAUGCGACAACUCCAGCUAUUUGCUCGACCCGCUGGUCUCCUCGGCUGACCCAGAUUUUCUCAUAGAGGACAAGGAAAUGACACCCGAGAAUCUUAACAACAUAUUCGACAUUCUGAACGAAGCCGAGCCGCAACAUAUAUUAUCGGACGAAGGACCAUCGGUUGACAAGGAUCAGACGAUCGGCUCGAGUUCUCUGAUGAUGGAUUCGUUGGGAAACGCAAAUUUGAGCGACAAUCUUUUGCUGGUAGACAACUCUGGCCUCCUCGACAGCUGGACCAACGACAACGGCCUGAGCAGCAGCAGCAGUAGUGGUACCGGCCUGGCAGCUGCGGCGCCCAAGUUGUUACACUCGCGAUCCUAUCCCAAUACGCCGCUGCCCUUGCCGAGCUCCUCCUCCUCGUCGCUGGUCGUCCAGUACCUGGACGACAGCAAUGGCUCGCACUCGUAUCCGACGACGCCGCUGAACAACUCUAGUCAGCAUCAGCAGCAGGAUCCCUACGCAGAGAGUAACGAGCCUAUGCUGUUCAAUUCGAGCUUGAACGCGCAAUCGCUUGGCCUUCCGAAUCACCAGUCAACCGCGGGAGUCAGUGGCAACGGCUGCUGCUCAACGAGCGUCGAGUGCAGUGUGGCCGAUUUCUUGGAGCAACCGCUGGACGACGAGACUGACGAUUUGGGAUCCCUCAGAAAUUUCGACGGGUUGCAGGACGUCGACGCGCUCUCGCCUCUGUUCAACGAAGUUGUGGAACCGAAUCAUUGAAAGGAUUAUCCAUUAGAGUGGGAUAAAGAAAUUUAGCACGCAGUCAUUCCUCGAUAUUCACCAGUGAGUUUUUAACAUUCGACUCUGAGAAUGCAAAAAAUGAGAAGAAAAAAUGAAAUUGUUGAUCAUCCGUGUAGUACAAGGCUCUUUAUCGUUAAAAAGGACUUUGUACUGGUUUGACAGGUAGAUGGUCAAGCUUUUUUUUAAGUUAACGUUAAGGAAAGUUGUGUACAGUUCAUACUAUUGGGUAUGAAUUUCAAAUAGAAAAAAAAAAACAAAAGAUAUUUUAUUUAUUGGUCAAAUGAAGUAUCUGUCUCUUUUUAGAUACAGAUUAGAAAAGGGAUAUUGCAUCUUGUUUUACC